AUGUACCCUGAGCUCCGACACAAAACCGUCUUUGUAACCUCAAAUUGCCCCUUCUGGGCAAGCAGAUUUGCUCUUGCAGGGCACCAGCUGAGGCAGAAGAACAUGGGGAAGCACUCACGCAAAUCUCGGGGCUCAUGCGGGAGCCAAACCCGGGAUAUCGGCUUCCUACUGACCCAGCCGUCUAGACCUAAAAUGGCAGAUCCAAUGGCUGUCACACCACAAGGAUCCACUGCGGCCUCAGAGGAGAAAGACCCAGAAGUGGAGGAACGGCAGCAUGACCCGCAAUGGCCCACAAAAACAGAUAUCACUGCAAUUGUGAUAGAGAUCAAAGCCUACAUUGCCUCGGAAAUGGCGGUCCUGAAAACGGACCUCAACACUCUGGCAAGCAGGAUGACCUCCACAGAGGACGCUGUCAGCAGCCUUGGAGUCAAACAAGACACCACAGCAGCUCAACUACAUAAGGUAUCACAUAAGUGUGCAGAAUUAACAGCAAAAGUGGGACAGCUGGAAGACAUGGCAAAGCAGCGCAAUUUAAAAAUCCGUAGGAUCCCAGACACUAUUGAUGCUAGUGAGCUCCCACAGUUCAUCAAGAGGCUACUCUCCCCUACCCUAACACCCAAACAGGCAAAAGGAACGCUGCUGGAUGGGGUAUACCGCCUCCCAGGGAACAGUACCACCAAGUGCCCUGGAUCCAGAGAUGUCAUAAUAAGUCUUCGAUCACGAACUGACAAGGACACAUUUGUGGCACAAGUCAAAGGCUAA